CCGAGGGCCGCCCAAGAGAAGCCCCAGAUGUGUCCGUAACCAUUUUGGCUCAAGACGCGUGCGUUCAAGCAGUCGGAUCUGACCACGCCUCGCUUGGUCAUCGUUAUACAUUCAGUCAGCGCCCAAUUGGCGCCAUACACUUUCACACUCAUAGGGCAGGUGGCAGCUGUGGCCACGAUGGUGAAACGUAACGUCCAGCAGUGCUCAACGGUAUUUAUCGCCUACAUGCCUCUCCUGGUGUUUAUCGCAGUGCUCUGUGCCGACGUUUUCGCGUUACGCUAUAAGUUCAUCACUCCGCUCAGCAUGAUCGGGGGUGCACAAGUUCAGGUCGAAUUAUUGAUUUGGGUUGUUGUUGUGGCCUACUUCCUCGAUGCUCACAAUGCGAGAGUCAUGGAACGAACCACUAAAGCGAAAAGGCAUAUUGCGACGACGCCAGUGAUCGAUAGUGUUGUUUCUGACGGCCAGCGCCAGGCCAGCCUUGAAGUCCCCACGGAACGAGUUCCACCCGAGAAACUAUAUGGUUGCCAUGGCAGGUCGACCGAAUCAGGCGAUCUAUCUGUGCAUGAAGGCUGCCGACAGAGGUCCGACCUGUAUAUCAUCAAUUCCAUGUUGGCAGAUGGCGUGCCCUGCAAAACCUCCAAAGUUUUGGAAGUGAUGCAUAGUUGUAUCCGGCUCGGACGUGGAGACGCAGCGGUGAAGUUGUUCGACCAGAUGUUGCAGACAGGGGCCACCCCAAGAGCGCAUCUCAUUGGCAAGGCCGUAUCACACAAAUUCUUCAAGCUCGUCGCCGAAACUCUCGAUGACAAACGCAUUCAGGAAGACGGAGUACGGCUUCUCGAACUUGGUAGAGCACAUGGGAUCGCACCGUCGCCUGCGACCCAGAAUCGCUUGCUUGAUGCGUGGAAGAACCAGCUUCCCGAUUUCGUCUUGAGGUAUUUCCUCGAGAUGAAGGACGCAGGAGUCAUCCUCAGCAGAUGGGCGUAUCGCUACAUUGUGGUGGCCCACGAGCGGUCCGAUCCAUCACUCGCACUAAAGGUUUACAGUGAGAUGGAGGUGUUAGGAAUUCAGCUCGACCGGGCGGCGUACAAUGCUGUGCUGGGUGCUCGCUUCCAGCUUGGCAUGCUCGACGAGGCCCGAGAGUUGUUCCUGCGGAUGGCUGACAGUUCACUGGUGCCCAAUGAGAAGACGUAUGGAGUCAUGAUUAAAGUCUAUUUGGCCAGUAACAGUCUCGAGGAGGCCAUCGCCCUCUUCGAGACGAUGCAGGAGCAGGGCUUGGAUCCCGAUCGGUAUGCCUACCAUCACGCAAUCCGUGCGAGCAUCGCGCUGCAGCGCGUCGAAUACGCCGUGGGCUUGUACAACGACAUGGUGGAGAAGAAGGUGCCACCCCUCAUGAGCACCAUUGCUCUUCUGAGCGGAGUGUGCGCGGGUGCGGGCUGGAACGCUCUUGCCGUCGAGCUCAUGACGCACAUGGCGCGUGCGAAGAAGGCGGAUGCCGCGCACGGGCUUCAGACGUAAGCGUGCGAUCCGGGGCAAUGCCCCAGAUGCACAGUUGCAGGUCGCCCCAAUCUGACGGACGGCAUUUGCAGUCACGGGGCCGCGAGCUGUUGUCGCUUUGGCCAGGUGGCCUUCUCUCUUGGUGACCGUCGAUUUCACCCCUGCGCCCCCUGCUCACGGCCCGCCGGCAGGGAGGACUGUGCCUUAAUUCUGCCACCUUUGCCCCCUUCCCGUCCCCCCUCCUCCUACCUCCUGAAUUCCAAUGCAUGAGCACUUCGCACUUUUGCAUUUCGCUUUUGAGCAAUACGCACGAUGAAGCAUGGCAACAA